AUGACCGAGUUUACGAAGAUAAAGCUCAAACGGAUGUCCGAGACCGAGCUGUUGCAACGUUUAAAGGACGAUAUGCAAUGCGGCGAUUGCGCGAUCGACGGGACCACUCCCCCGAAGGGGACACGAAUAGUCCCACCCGAGAGCACACUUUUUAUCGUUGUUGAUAUGCCAAAGGACAAGGGCGCCAUUCGUAUUUUCGAGGAGAAGGACGAUAACUACAUUGGCGCUGUGGCGACGGAGGAUGCUGGGUAUCUGAUAGUCGUGCCCUGGACUAGCAGCUGGUGGUUCAGGGCAUCGGGAUCUCUGACGGUUGGUUAUAUUCGUGCCGCCGAAAGGAAAUAA